ACGACUGCUGAACUUGGAAUUGAUUUGCGAUAGAUCUUGGCUGUUCAUUGGCGGAAGGCUGCCUAAUGUGAAUAUUUUUCUCCAAGGCUUUUCUGUGAAGGGGGUCCAUAUGGCUCACAAGUCCGGCUUGUGCAUGGGCUUGCUGGCUGCGUUGCGUAAUAAUUCUGUGACUACUCUUACCUAGGAUGAAUUGAAAUUGAGCCAAACUGCCUGUAAUUUGGUGAAAUCUAUUUUACGGAUGCUGGAAGGCAACCAGUCUAACGCUGAAGGCAAGGACAAAAUCACAGUCAUUGAUGCCGGCGCUGCUUCGGUGCAAGGCCGUCGUCCACAUCAAGAAGACCGGUAUACUAUUAUCCCGCCCACAGCUGUCCCUGGCUCCCAGCGCAAGGUGGCAUUUUAUGCGAUCUUUGACGGACAUGGCGGCACAACGGCUGCAGAACAUGCUCGCACCCAUCUGCACAGAAUUCUAGCUCUCCUUCCCGAAUUUCAAAAGGGAAAGUACGAAGAAGCUAUCCGCAUAGCGUUCCGUAGAGAGGAUGAAGAGCUUUUCAAUACCCUCGUCUUAGAAAGGGGCCAAAAGAAGGGUGGUACAACUGCCGUCAUCUCCAUUGUCGAUGUGACAGCAGCGCUUCUUGUCGUUGGAAAUCUGGGCGACGCUCGGGCAGUUUUAGGUAUUUUAGAUGAUAGGAAGCAUUCCGGGUAUAGAGCGGAACGGUUAACAAAGGAUCAUAAGCCCACUGAACCAGAAGAAAUGGCAAGAAUUGCGGAGGUUGGAGGAGAAGUCAAUCCUGCCUCUGGGAGAAUUGGAGCCGUAAAUAUAUCUCGCGCAUUGGGAGAUUUCCGAUACAAGCUGCCUCUGACUCGGACUGAUCAGAACGAUCCCCUUGUGUCUGAAGCUGUCCGUCCAGGGGCCAACGUCAAAGACGAUUUCGUGUCCGUUGAGCCACACAUCACGAGUAAACACCUUGACCCAGCAGUACAUCAUUUGCUCGUGCUGGCUAGCGAUGGAGUGUGGAAUGAAAUGAAAGAUCAAACUGUCAUUGAUCUCGUUGCCGCUGGAAGGCAGAAAGGAUGGGACGCACAUACAAUUGCAAAAGCGAUUGUGAAAACUACAGAGAAAAACCUGUACAGCGAUAAUGCAACGUGUAUCGUGGUGAUUUUUGGGAAGCCGAGGCCAGUGGAGGAGUGAGAAUGACGGAAGCCUGCAGUCCUCUUUUGUCAAAAUGCGCAAGUAUAUAGUGUGCUAGUUCCUGCGGCAUUGCGGUCAUUUGAAUAAACCCCAUGAUCAUGAAGAUG